CAGCUGAUUGUCAAAAUAUACAGCUUUUUUUUGACGUUUCGGCUUUGUAAACGUAGUUGUAAAACUACAAAAUGAAAUCCUAAAAUUACUCUAAUAUUUUAAAUUUACAUGUUAAAACAGUAUAUUUGUUCUUACACAACAUGAGUAAUUUAGAGUACGUUCAAAUCAAAGAUCUAAAACCGGGUAUGAAGAACAUCAACGCUGUGUUCAUCGUCCUGGAGGUGGGUCCGCCGACGCUGACGAAGGAGGCGCGAGAGGUGCGCACGCUGCGCGUGGCCGACGCGUCCGCCGCCGUGAACCUGUCCGUGUGGGACGAGCCGGGCGCGCUGCUGCAGCCCGGCGACAUCGUGCGGCUCACGCGCGGCUACGCGUCGCUGUGGCGCGCCGCGCUCACGCUCUACUCGGGCAAGUCGGGCGACAUCCAGAAGGUGGGCGAGUUCUGCAUGCUGUUCAACGAGCAGCUCAACAUGAGCGAGCCGCAGCCCGCGCCGCCCGCGCCCGCGCCGCCCGCCGACCGCGCCAACGGCUCGCACGCGCCCCGCGCGCACCCUCAGGCCGCGCCCGCGCCGCCCGCCGCGCCGCACUCCGCCAAGGGCGACCGCUUCGCGCCGCCCGGCCCGGACCACGGCGCCAAGCACGCGCACAAGACCUACGUGCGGGGCCGUGGACACCAGCGGGGCAACAACCGGAGAUAACAGCCGUACAUCCUACUGUUGGAUAUCGUCAAAAUGUAUGAACGUUAGCACAGUGGCCAAGUUUGGUUUUGUUAUCUGAUCAAUGUUACAUUCUUGUAACGAUGUGUAGGAUAUUAGUUAAGUGCUCAUAGAUGUUAAAUUAAAUUAAAUCAUAAUUACACAUUAUAGUGCAUAAUUGAGUCAUUACCCGAGUUAUUGGAACAGCACACCCUCCUGUGCUUGCUGUGUGUUUACUGUUUAUCAUGGUCAAACGUCAGCUAGACUUCAGAUCUGUAUGCUCUGUCACUUCAUGUCAAUGUCAUCUUCUCCAGUGCUGCUCCUAUACCUCAGGCAAUGCUGCAGAUAAGCAUGAUACCUAUUUUAACUUGAAUUUAAAAGAAAUGAACUCGCAUUUUGUAUGUUCGUAUGUCCUAAAAAUAUAGAUUAAAUAGGUAUAUCUUUAAAAAUAUUUUAGGUAUUUGAGAAGAGGAAUAAACAAUAACCAAGUUA